AUGGCGAUGGACACGGAAUCCUCCGCCGCGGCGCCCCUCCUCCUCGGCCCUCCCGUGAUCCGCGGCGCGCGCCCGUCCACCGCCGCCGCCGCCGCCGCAGUCGACGCCGCCCCGGCGUCGCACCCGUUCCUCGACCUCCUCGACGCGGCCUUCAACGCGCCCUCCGCCGCGGCGAUGAAGGCCGCGCUCAAGCCGCAGCGGGCGCUCACGGCGAACUGCUCCGCCACCUACUCGGGCUCCGGCAACCCCUGCCUCGACUUCUUCUUCCAGGUGGUCCCCAGCACGCCGCCCGAGCGCGUGCGCGAGCUGCUCGCCGUCGCCUGGGCCCACGACCCGCUCACCGCCCUCAAGCUCGCCUGCAACCUCCGCGGCGUCCGCGGCACCGGCAAGUCCGACAAGGAGGGCUUCUACGCCGCCGCGCUCUGGAUGCACGCCGAGCACCCCAGGACGCUCGCCUGCAACGUCGCCGCGCUCGCCGAGUUCGGCUACCUCAAGGACUUCCCCGAGCUGCUCUUCCGCCUCAUCCACGGCCCCGACGUGCGCAAGGCCGCCAAGGAGGCCGCCGUUGCCGACAAGGCGCGCAGGAAGGAGAAGGAAUUCGGGAAGAAGAGGGAGGGCCUCCGCGCCAGGCUCGCCGGCAGGAAGCGCGCCCGCGAGGUGGUGGCUGCGACUCCUGUGCCGACGGCCAAGGCCACCUUCGGCGACUACCUCUCCGCCGCGCUCUCCAAGUCCAAGUCGUCCACCAAGCCUGUUACUACGAUGGAAGUCGAGACCCUCCCUGUCGCGGAGCCAGACGCGAUGGAGGUGGAUCAGAAGAAGGCGGCGACUCCUAAGAGGAAGCCGCCGAGGGUCAUGUCGAAGAAGACCCGGAAGGUGGCCAAGCUCGCCGUGCAGUCGCUGGAGACGUACUACGGCGACCGCGCCUACCGCUUCCUGUUCGACGCCGUCUCGGAGUUCUUCGCCGACCUCCUCGCCUCCGACAUGGAGCAGCUGGGCAACAAGAAGAAGCGGAAGAUCGGGCUCGCCGCCAAGUGGUGCCCCACGCCGGGCAGGUCGUUCGACCGCACCACGCUGCUCUGCGAGGCCAUCGCCCGCCGCCUCUUCCCGCGCGGCUCCGACCCCGAGCUCGCGGAGGACCUGAGCGAGGAGCACUACACCUACCGCGCCCUCUACCGCCUCCGCCGCGAGGUGCUUGUGCCGCUGCGCAAGGUCCUGGAGCUCCCCGAGGUGUACAUGAGCGCCGGCAAGUGGGACGAGCUCCCCUACACCCGCGUCGCCUCGGUCGCCAUGCGGCGCUACAAGUCCCUCUUCGAGAAGCACGACGAGGAGCGCUUCGCCAAGUACCUCGAGGACGUGGAGUCCGGCAAGGCCAAGAUCUCGGCGGGCGCGCUCCUGCCGCACGAGAUCGCCGCGCCCGCCUACCGCGGCGAGGACGACCAGGUCUCGGAGCUGCAGUGGCGCCGCAUGGUGGACGACCUCCGCGCCAAGGGGUCGCUGCGCAACUGCAUCUCGGUUUGCGACGUGUCCGGGAGCAUGGCCGGCACCCCGAUGGAGGUGUGCAUCGCGCUGGGCGUGCUCACCUCGGAGCUCAGCGACGAGCCGUGGGCGGGCAAGGUGAUCACCUUCCACUCGAGGCCCUCCAUCCACGUGAUCAAGGGCACCACCCUCCGCCAGAAGUUCAAGUUCGUCGAGAAGCUCGAGUGGCACGGGAGCACCAACUUCCAGGGGGUGUUCGACCAGAUCCUCCGCACGGCCACCGAGGCCCAACUGGCGCCGGAGAAGAUGAUCAGGACCGUGUUCGUCUACAGCGACAUGGAGUUCGACCAGGCGUCCGGGAGGGGCUACUACAACGGCGAGGCCUACGGCUCCGGCUCGUGGGACACUGACUACAAGGUGAUCUGCCGCAAGUUCACGGACGCCGGCUACGGCGACGUCGUGCCGCAGGUCGUCUUCUGGAACCUGAGCGACUCCAAGUCGACGCCGGUGACGUCCACCCAGCCGGGAUGCGCCAUGGUGAGCGGCUUCUCCAAGAACUUCCUCAAGAUCUUCCUGCAGAACGACGGCGUGGUGAGCCCGGAGGCCAUCAUGAAGGAGGCCAUCGCCGGCGACGAGUACCAGAAGCUGGCCAUCUUCGAUUAG